CGAAAUUUGGGGAAAACGUCGUUUCAAUUUCUGGCAGCACCAAACGGCAACACGUGCGGUCGUGCCGUACUGUAUUCAAUAUACACAGCUCACUUAUUUUUCGCAACUAAAAGUUGAAUUAGCCGGACCAUGGUGACGCGCAAGAAGCCAGUUAAGCGCAACGCCGAGGCGGCCGAAAUCCAGGUCGAAGAGGAGGAGGAGGCAACGCAGCCGAAGGUGGCCAAGGAGUUGAUGGUGGUUGCCCAGGAGGUGAAAAUCAUUCGUGCCCUUGCCUGCAACGAUGUGGUGGAGCGGAAUCGCCAGAUCCGCAUUCUGCGCAAGUGGUUCAAGGCGCGGGCCGGUAGCUCCUUCCCCUUCAACGAGGACGACUUCAUGCGCAUCUGGAAGGGAUUGUACUACACUAUGUGGAUGUCAGACAAGCCGCUGGUACAGGAGGAGCUGGCCGAGCAGUUGGCCCAAAUGGUGGACAGCUUCGGCGGCAAUACGGCCUGCAGUCUGGCCUACUUUAGUGCGUUUAUGCGCACAAUGUGCCAGGAGUACUUUGGCAUAGACCAGUGGCGAAUGGACAAGUUUUUGAUGCUCACCCGCCGCAUGGUGCGAUAUCUACUGAGACUGCUCAAACAGAACAACUGGGAGUCGGACCUGAUCGACGCCUUCAAUAGCAGCAUGCAACUUUCCGUGCUGUCAGAGCAACCCAAAAGUCGUGGCAUGACCAUGCACUACCUAGAUGUUUUCUUUGAGGAGCUGGCCAAGGCGGCCGAUGGUGAGAUCACCGCUGCUCAGGUCAAUCUGUUUUUGCGUCCGUUUGUCACCUACAUUGCUACACAACGCGAUGCCAAGCUGGUGGCACAGUGCCGCACAAGGGUGCUCUAUCAUCUGCUGUACCAGAGCGACUUGGGACGAGAGUACAGCGAAAAGUACAAUGCCUGGAAGCUGAUGGGCUUCCCCACCGCCUCUAUUGAUGACAUCGAGAAACUAGAUUCUGGAUUUGACGAGGAGGAUGACGAGGGCAACGCUGAGGAGGAGCAGCCGCGGGCCACAUCCUUGGAUCCGCGAGCGGGUAACGUGGAUGUUCACAUGCCGGAGCUGCCGCUUAACGCUGAUUGCGUUCUGGAUGAACUGCAGACGCAGCUACGCACCAACGAUUUUAACAGCAAGAGACGCAAGGGACUGCGCAAAAUUAUCCAGAUCUUUGAGACUUACAAGGGAGGGGAGUUCCCACUGGGCGUGAGGACAAUGCCAAAAGUAGAGGGACAAACUCUGUCGGAAAUGGUGGAGCAAAAAGUGACUGCCUUAGAUAAGAUGGAGGACGAGGUCUUUGGAACUGGAAGAAAACUAAAGAAGCUCAACAAGUCCAAGCGCAAACGCCUACUGCAGUCCAUAAACUUUGAGGAGGUGGACGAGCACAACUACGAUGAGGUUAUUAGCAAGGCUCUGCCUCCUGAGUUGCAGAAGAAGGUGAAUCACAAUGCAAAGGUGCGUUCCAGCAUAAACGACGCCUGGGUGGUAGAAGAGGUCAAAGAGACCGAUACAUCGGCGGCCAAGCCCAAGUCGAAGAAAGCUAAAAAGGAAGAAUCGCUCGAGCCGAAAAAAGAUGACCAGACGAAGGUGAAGAAGAAAAGCCAGCUUAAGCCCAAGAAGGAACACUCUAAGCCCAAUAAAGAGGAGCAAACGACUUCCAAGGCACAGAAGGAAGAGCCUGCGAAGACCAAGAAAGUUGACCACCCUAAGCCCAAGGAGGAGCAGUCCAAGCUGAAGACAGUGGAGCAGCCCACGCCCACAACCAAGGAAGAGGGGCCGUCCAAGGCCAAGCCGACACCCAAAACGAAAGCUGCCGGUAAUGAUGAUGAUGCCACUACCCCGCAGUCAGCCAACGGCUGGGAUGCCCCUUUAGAGGCCGGUGAGCAGGACAUCUUUGUUCCCUCUCGAAAACUGCAACUGAAGCAGGCCAACAGUAAGCUGCAGAAGUCCACACCCAAGCAGCCUGCGCGUAUACAGUUUGCCACUCCGCAAACGGGCAGUGCCAAGCGUGUGCGGAUCGUGACCAAGAGCAACUGCGUCUACCCCAAGAGCGAUUACUACCGACAGCUGAAGCUGUCUCCGCAGGUGCCCUACGACGCCGAACGUUUACCCGGCAAGAGUGCCCUUAAGCCACACGUGUUACCGGGACCGAUUCAUCCGAACUUCAAGGCCAAGCGCCUGUUUAACGACACUCUGUGACGAUGCGUCUAGUGGCUGCGACUGGGAUCGGGACAGGAUGAGGAAGAUUAACUUGGACUUGGUGCUCUGGUGGACGACGAAGAUGGGAGCGCUUCACAUACUUCACAUCCUACUUCCUGACAUGGCUUUGGAGAUUAAGAUAGCACAUCCACGAUAGGCAUGUCUUAUGCUGGUUUUUUAACGCGUCUAUACAUACACGAACGCUUUCAUGCAAUAUUUUGCUCUUUUAAAAUGUUAGAGCCCCUUUGUUUACUUUGGAGUGCACUGUUACCAUGCUUAAAUAUUUCAAUUUUCCGAAAUAGUUGACAUUUUUGUAGCAUUGUGCGAUGCUUUGACUAAACAAUGUAAGGUUUACUAAUUUCUACUUAAAUAAGAUCCGCAUAAGACAUGUACUAAAUGUAAUCCCCUAAUGUUUUAGUAGUUACAAUUACUAUUACUAUUGCUUGUAGGCCAUUUUAUGUUCAAGCUAUCCUCUGAUCUGAGUUGAUAUUGAAAUAAAAGCAAACGUAGUAUAUGUAAAAUUAAAUACGAA